AUGAAGAGCUGCACAGUCCAUGCAACCAAGAAGGCUUUCUCAUUCCAGGAGCCUGGGAAGAAUUUCCCUGGUAGCUCGGGCCUUCUCCAGCACCAGGUCACUGCACAAAAGGACACCAAGUGUGUGGAGGCCUUUAACAAUGGACAAAGGCACUAUAAGUUCAGUGAAUGUGGGAAAACCUUCAGCCACAAACACUCAAUUGCUCAGCAUUAGAGUUUCCACACUGGAAAGAGGCCUUAUGAGUGCAGGGAAUGUGAGAAAACCUUCAGCCUCAAAAACUCACUUGUUCAGCACCAGCAAGUCCACACUGGAGAAUGGCCUUAUGAAUGCAGUGAAUGUGGGAAAAUCUUCAGUUAUAAACACAAACUUGUUCAGCACCUGAGACUCCACACUGGAGAAAGCCAUGAGUGCAAUGAAUGUGGGAAAGCUUUUAGCUACAAACUCACAGCUGUUCAGCACCAGCGAAUUCACACUGGAGAAAGGCCUUAUGAGUGCAGUGUAUGUGGGAAAUUCUUUACUCAAAACUCCAGCCUUAUUGUGCACCAAAGAAUUCACACUGCCUCACAGCCUUAUAAAUGCAGUAUAUGUGGAAAAUUCUUUACCUCCAACUACAACUUUAUUGCACACCGGCGAGUUUACAGGGGCACAAGGCCUUAUGAGUGCAGUGAAUGUGGGAAACCUUUCAGCAACAAACCCACACUUGUUCAGCAUCAGCAAAUUCACAGUGGAGAAAGGCCUUAUGAGUGCAGUGAAUGUGGGAAAUUCUUCUGCCACAGCUACAAACUUGCUCAGCACCAGAGAGUCUGCACUGGAGAGAGGACUUACGAAUGCAAUGAAUGUGGGAAAGCUUUUAGCAACCAAUUGACACUUGUUCUGCACCAGCGAAUUCACACUGGAGAAAGGCCUUAUAAGUGCAGUGAAUGUGGCAAGUUGUUUAGCCAGAGCUCCAACCUUAUUGUGCACCAGCGAAUUCAUACUGUAGUGAAGCCUUUUGAGUGCAGUGAAUGUGGGAAACGUUUUAGCCAAAGCUCUACUCUCAUUAAGCACCAGAAACUUCAUAGUCAAGAUAGGCCCUAUGAGUACAGCAAAUGUAGGAAAAUUUUCAGUCAACAGUCUAACCUCAUCUGUCACCAGAAAGUUCAUGCUGGAGAAAAGACCUUCAAAUGA